UAUGAGUUUUUGUAAAACGCAUAGGCAUAGAUUGCAACCGAACGCUUGUGUUUGGAAAAAAAAAACGUUAAUAAAUUAGCAGUUGUUUUAACGUUGGUUCUUUUAAAUUCAAUACAAGUUAAUAAGCUCGUAAUAAUUAACAACAUGCCGGAAAAUACGACAAAUGGAGAACAUCACGAGCCAAGUAAUGGUGAACAUCAAGAGCAUGAAGAGGAAAUAGAUCCUCAUUUUGAGCCGAUUAUUUCAUUGCCUCUGAUUGAAGUUUCCAGCAACGAGGAAGAUGAAGUCGAGAUGCUUAAAUUGCGGGCUAAACUUUAUCGCUAUGACUCAUCAAACAAUCCUCCAGAAUGGAAAGAAAGAGGAACCGGUGACGUUAAGUUAUUGAGACACACAACAAAACAUACAGUACGAGUUGUAAUGCGACGAGACAAAACAUUGAAAAUUUGCGCUAAUCACUUCAUCACACCUUGGAUGGAAUUAAAACCAAACUGUGGUAGUGAUCGUGCUUGGGUAUGGAGUGUAUUAGCUGAUUAUGCUGAUGAGUUACUUAAGCCAGAGCUACUUGCUAUCAGAUUUGCAAAUGCUGAGCAUGCUUCACUUUGGAAAGAAACAUUUGAAAAAGCUAAAAAAAUAGUCGGCACUGAAUGCGAGAUCUAUGCAGGAAAAAAUCCUGAUGGAGAUAAUGAUUACACUCACAGCGACUCCUGUAGUUACGACGAGAGUGACGAGAGCGAUGCUGAGGAUAAGAACACAGUAGAUAAUCAAGAAAAAGAAGAAUCCGCAAAAGAGGAUAAGGAGAACAAAGAAACUGAAUCAAAAAAUACAAAUAAAACAGACUCGAGUGCUGAUCAGGUGACUGAGCAGCUUACGAAGCUUGAUGUUAAAGAUACUAAAGAAGAAAAGUAACCAAGGACUUUUUGUAAUCCAUGUAAAUUUAAUAUUAAUUACUUAUAAUUAUAUUAAUGAUAGACAAACAUUCCCGUAUACAAGAAUGGUGCAGAUGAAAAUGUUAAGAUUGCAUGCUUCAGUUCAUUUAUUUUCUAAUUGUUAAUAACUGAUAACAUUUUAAUAAUAAUCACAGACAAUUUUUGAUUCAAGUAUUUCGCUCUUCAUUCAUAUAUUUGUAACGCUUAAUUUAUACGACUCCGCAUACUUAUCUGUGAUUUUUUUCUUUUUUUAUUAAUAUGAUAUCGUAUGACUCACAUGUGAGUGUGAUAGUAAUAAACAAUACAAAGUUUGAUGAUUGAUUGUAAUAUUGGAUUUUUAAUUUAAGUAUUUGUACGGCAUUUAUAACUAUUGGAUUUAUAAUCACUUAUUUUUAAAGCUGUUUAUUUUUAAAUUAAACAGCCAUUCGAAUAAAAAAUUCAACUUGUUGCUAUAGAAUGUUUUGUUUGACUCUAAAAAAUUUUUAUUUUCCUGACACUUCAAUUAGUAAUUAAUAGUUAUUAAUUAUUUGUUUUUAUUUCACUAUACUCAAUAAAAUUUUUAGCAGCUUCAGUUUAUCACGAAAAUGAAAAAUUUUUGUAUGUACCUUUAAAUCGGCCAUUGUAAUUUCCGAAAGUAAAUGCACACUUUAAUAAAAUAAUGAUUUUUAAUCGAUUUAUUUAUAAUUACAAUAAGUAAGAGGAUAUAUAUGUAUAUAUAUAAGAAUGUAUUUUGAAUAGUUGACAUGUCAGACUUCUGCUCACUAUUAUAAACUAUAAAUAUAUUUAAAUAUCCAACUGGAAUCCCUUGGAACUUGAAAAAAGUUCAUCACAAAGUAAUAGCUUGAUUGUAACGUUUGGUAUACAGAAAACAAAU